AUGCAGCAAAAGGGCAGAUGGAGUUAUAUCACAAGCCUAGAGGAUCGAAUCAAACGGCUUGAAAGCCCAAAGGCGUUGGAAAGAGCCUCACUGUCGGCGUUCACGCCACACCAGUCUCUAUCAUCGCUAUCGCCAGCCGGAACCCCCGGGGGCCAACCCGAAACGCCGAUCAACCGGAUUCAACAUACGGGGUUCUCCGAUCAGCCCGAUGCCCUUGAUAUUGGGGGGCGUGAUGGAGUGAAUGCAAUGAUGGGCUCUUUGGAUGAAGGACGCGCUAGUCAGGGAUUUUUUGGAAGCUCUAGCGCCGCGGGAUUCAUGCGUCAGAUUAAAAUAGCAGUUGAUAGAAGGGUCUCCUCGCCACAAAGACAUCCUUCAAGUUUCACUGGAGCUCUCGGCUCUAGUCUUCUGUCCAAUCGCAAUGAAAGGCACCAAUCGACUGUUCCGGUGUAUGUUUUACCGCCACGGAGAACAGCCGAUUCUUUGAUGGAGGUAUAUUGGGAUUACGUUUUCCCCUUAUACCCCUUUCUUGACAGCGGUAACAUGAAGGGCGAAUAUACCAAGAUAUGGCGGGGGGAUACGCAGGAACAGAAUGAAAACAUGCUAAUGUGUACAUUCAAUGUUAUAUUCGCCCUCGCGAGCCAAUUGGCCGACUUCGUUCCACCACACGAGCGAGAGGCUGCGGCAGAUGCAUUUUUUUCGCGCGCAAAGGGACUGUUUCAGUUCAAUCUGUGGGACACGGGCUCCGCAGGGCUUAUACAAUGCCUUCUAUUAAUGGCACAAUAUCUACAAAGCACAGACUCAGCACAUCAGUGUUGGAUCGUCACUGGCCUAGCUAUUCGGAAUGCGCAGAGUUUGGGUCUUCAUCUCCCGCAGACUCUUGCACGGUUUUCUAGCUUCCAAGAACAACAGCUUGCUAGGAAACUAUGGCAUGGAUGUGUCUUGAUGGACCGUGUUAUUUCUAUGACCUUUGGUCGACCGGCGAUGAUCUCGAAGAUCUCCAGUGGGGCCGUUCCGCUCCCUGUCCUUGUUGAUGAUGAGUUCAUCCCUGUCGACGCCACUGUAGAGCCCACACAGCCAACGCAGAAGCUUUCUAUGAUGGCUUUCUAUGCCAAAACGUUGGAGCUAUAUGAAAUCAUGAACGAGGUGCUUCUUAGUCUUCACAAGCCAGUCUCUGAUGAUGGCCCAGAGGAAACUCAUCAAUUCUCGUUCACUAAUACCAAUACUGAUGGAGAACACACAAUAUUUGAACUUGAUCACUCGCUGACGCGCUGGGCACAAGGUCUACCCGCUCAUUUGCGGACCGGAUCCACAGAAGGAGCUCAUAAUCCUGUUUUCUUUCGUCAAGGAAUUGUGUUGAAUGCGAGAUUCUUGCACAUUCGCAUACUUUUAUUUCGACCCAUUCUGUCAAAGUACUGCACUAUGCGCGAUAACUCGACAAGCAAUUCUAUGAUCGCGAUCAGCAAUUCCUUGCCGCGCCGGGUUGCAUUGCAAUGCUCGAUUAUCUGUGUUAGGGUGGCCCAAGAAUCGAUCGAAAUGAUUUACCAAAAUGUGCCAGCUGAUGGCACAGGUGGUCCACUGCCAGCAUGGUGGUAUAAUAUCCUUUACAUAUAUACGGCAGCAACGGUUCUCAUUGCAGGGCGUCUAUGUCCAGCGAUAUCAGAAGAGAUAAACAACACUUCAAUCACUCGCUCCUGGAACUGCGCGCUGGAGAUUUUGCGCAAAUAUCAAAGCUACAGCUUUUCCGCCAGGCGAUGCGUCGCUGCGCUUGAAAUACUCUACGAACAGGUUGUCGCGGAAGGCAACCAACCUAAUGAACAAGUAAAUAGCCAGGGUCUACUCGACAUCUCAUUUGGGGAAGGUAUGAACACUGAAAUGAUGGAAACAUUCGAAUUUCCAGACUUUCAAGACAUGUCUUGGCUUAAUAGUGUUCCAAGUAAUCUCUUCUAA